GUGCCUUACGACUUGUACGAACGUACGGUAUAUUGACUAUCAUCAGACGAACUCGGGGGCGUCCGCUGUUGUUAGGUUGGAUGCGUUGUAGGAUAGCAAUACAACCAGUUAGCCAAAUCUUGUUGCUUGUAUAAACUGUCUAGUAGGGCAUUUGUGUCUUUCUAUUUGCUUGUGUCUGAUUGGCCGGGGCAGUAGUGCCAAGUCGGAGGCCUGACAUCAGCGCCGAAAUUCUCCGCAUUUCGAAUAUUUUGGUAUUUGAAUCUUCUUUCUGCUCAUAUUCAGACAAUUGAUUGCGAGAAAUCAAGACGAGAUAACAGUAUUCAAAAUGCAUUCUCCAUCACCACAGCUGCUCCGUGCCCUGCGCACAUUCAUCACACCCACUACUACCAACACCACAACCACUGCCCUCCGAUCCUCACGAAUCGCACCGCAAUGCACCGCAACCAGCACCAUAUUCAACGCCUCCAGUCGCCGCUACAACAGUACCGAAUCCCCCCGUCCAACCCGCAUGAUCCCCCGCUCCCACGCCUCCAAACCAACAUCCCACGACCGCGGCCCAGCAGUCCAAGAAAACACAAACACCGACCUCAACGCGCUCAAUGUCCUAGGCAACAUCCCUGCGCCUACGACGGCCGUGGAAGCCACAAUAGACGACGGGUUUCAUUUGGAUAACGGGUUGAAGGUGCGCAAUGGAGACGGUGUGAUGUUGGUUGGCGGAGAGGCGUUUGCGUGGAGGCCGUGGGCGACGAAGGGGUCUAAGGCGGAGAUGGUGAAUAAGAAGGGGCAGUUUGAGGUUGAUGAGGAGGUUUGGGGGGUGCUUGGGUUGGUUUGGCCGAGGCCUGAUCUGUUGAUUAUCGGGAUGGGGGAGAAUAUGUUCCCGCUUUCUCCAGAGACAAAGAAACAUAUCAGUUUGCUGGGGAUUCGAGUUGAGAUUCUGAGUACGAGGAAUGCAGCGUCGCAGUUUAAUAUGUUGGCGACGGAGAGAGGUGUGACGGAGAUUGCGGCUGCGAUGAUUCCUUCCGGGUGGAAGGGGAGGUAACCUGUGUAUGGGGUGUUUGGUGUUGGGUGUUAUAAUAUGACUAUGUACUAUAUUGUAUUUCUAUGGCAAUGUAUAGCUCUUCUCUCGAUGUUCCAU